AAUGAGUCCGAGUGCUCAGACGGAAGUAUUAUCGUGAUGCACAUCCGAAAAUAACUGAGCAUGGCGUCGGGUCAUUUGUGCAAACUGCACAGUCUCUUAACGCGACUUUCUAACGGCACCACACUUCGAUGUGCACAAACAUGUUUGGUGCCAACGCGACAGAAGUCCGGUGUCACUGGUGCUUCACUUGAUGGCCCUAACUGUAAUGUGGAAAUUGGCGUGACUUCAGAUGGGAAAACCAUAGUGUGCUACCAUCCCACUGUCGACAUUCCCUAUGAGCUUACACAGCCUAUAGAAUGGCCAGACCCCCUGACCAACCCAGCUGAGACCCAUGACCAGGUUUUAAAGGCCCACCUCAGCAAGGAGGUGCUGAAGGACAAAGAGGGGCCCACUAUAGAGGAGCUGAGCAAGAUGUUUUUCACCACCAAACACCAGUGGUAUCCAGUAGGACAGUACCACAUGAGACGCAGGAAGAAGGAUCCCCCAAAGGACAGAUAGUUAAAGGCCAAGGUUACAAAACUGCAAAUUGUGUUUUUUUUGUGUUGUUGUCCUAAUGAUGUAUAAUAAACUGUUAAAUAUUAA